CCGGCAUAAACCACCAAUGAGGCAGAGAAGAAGGAUGAUGAAAAUGCAGGAAGUAAUUAAUUAGCUAAGGAGAGUCAGUCAAGAAAACUGAUGUUCUUUCAAGGCUACGAUGUCCUGCUUUGAGAGUGAUAAGAGCAGCCUGGAGAAUGAUGAAGCGUGUUGUGGUGGGGCAGCUGCGUCACAGCUGUCCAACUGUGCGCUGGCCAUGCUGGAGAAAGAGAGCAGCGACUCUGCGCUGAGCCCCACGGAGAGUACCCCCACCAGCCUACAGGGUGGCGCCCCACUGCAAGGCUACGACGUGGAGUUCGACCCUCCGCUGGAGAGCAAGUACGAGUGCCCCAUCUGCCUCAUGGCCCUGAGGGCAGCCGUGCAGACGCCGUGCGGCCAUCGGUUCUGCCGCAGCUGCAUCGAGAAGUCCAUCCGUGAUACAGGGCAGAGGUGUCCAGUGGAUAACGAGGUACUACGGGAAGACCAGCUGUUCCCAGAUAACUUUGCCAAGCGGGAGAUCCUCUCCCUAACGGUGCGCUGCACCAACGUAGGCUGCACUGACAAAAUGGAGCUUCGCCGCCUGGAUGGCCAUGUUAUGAAAUGUGAGUUUGCCACCGUGCCUUGUCCGCUGUGCCAGGACGCGGUGUGGAAGAGCCAGCUGGAGAUGCACCAAAGCCAACACUGCCAGCGGAGACCUGUGUCCUGUCCCGACUGUGUAGAGAGCUUUGUUUACGAGGACAGCAAGAUUCAUGAGUCGCUGUGUCCCUUUGCCAACGUGGUGUGUCAGUACUGCGGUAUGGAGCUCAUCAGAGACCAGUUGGAAUCUCACUAUGACACAGACUGUCCGAAGGCUCCGAUUGCCUGUACCUUCAGCACUUUUGGAUGUCGAGAGAUGAUGCAGCGCAAUGACCUGGCGCAGCACAUGCAGGAGUUCACUCAGAUGCACAUGCGCUGCAUGGCUGAGUACCUGCACAGGCACAGCCUUACCGGGUACACCCAGCCACCUUCUUCUGAGGACCGAGGGGCUGCCGCCGCAGAGCUGGGGGCACACCCAGGAGCUACCAGCAGUGGCGCCCCCUGCCAGUGCUGCGGGGAACUGCAGACCAUGCGGGAGACCACCCAGCAGCUGGAGGGACGUCUAGUGCGGCAGGACCACCAGCUACGUGAGCUGAGCAUUCAGGCGGGGCUGGUGGCGGAGCUCCGUCGUAAGGUCACCUCGCUGGAGGAGAACCUAAAGGAGCUGGAGGCCAAGCAGUGCCAGGGUGUGUACGUGUGGCCCUUGGAGGGCUUCUCGGGCUACCUACGUACCCAGGCUGCCGGACAGCCUGUUGUGGUGCACAGCCCGGGCUUCUACACGGGCCGGCCGGGCUACAAGCUGUGUCUGCGUCUCCACCUCCAAACGCCCUCGGCACAGCGCUGCUCCAACUACAUCUCACUGUUCGUUCACACCAUGCAGGGGGAAUUUGAUGGGCAGCUGUCGUGGCCCUUCCAAGGCACCAUCCGGCUGGCCGUGCUGGACCAGGGGCCUGAUGGCCAGCACCAUGUGGAGGUGAUGGAGACCAAGCCCGACCUGCAGGCCUUCCAGAGGCCCACCAUCCAGAGGAACCCCAAGGGCUUUGGCUACGUCACCUUUCUGCACUUGAUGGAGCUACAGCAGCGGGGGUUUGUUCACGACGACACGCUGCUGGUGCGCUGCGAGGUGACGCCGCGCUUCGACACCGCCCUGAGGCGCGAGGGGGCGGCCAUGCAGCCCAGAGGGCCCGAGGCCUCGCUGUGAGGACACUUUUAACGGUCCAAGUGAUGAGGUCAAUCGCCACCAACGUUAUCAGUACAAAGUAUCAGUUUGCCAUUUCCCUGAGUUGUUGUAUCACACAGGAUCAUUGCAUUGGGUUCAGUCAUGACCAACAUCAUGGGAAAGUGUACGGCUCAGUUGUGGGUUUUAUCUCCAACUCCAAAAGGCUUUUCUUUGCUGUAGCUGUUGAGUGAUGGACUGGAUGUUGGUGGCGAUGAACACCAAGGUUUCCUGCAACAAGUCGACAGCUUGGGGCUGUAUGGGUUUUAUCUGCAUUUUUGUCAAAAUUGAGUUAUUGACAUUCGCCUUAUUCUGUUCAAUGUUCUCUACCUAUAUAUUCAUCUAAAUACCCCAAUUCAUGUUAAGUUCAAAAGAAUACAAGAUUAAAAAAAAAAAAAAUAGCUGACACCAUUCAAACCAAUGAGGGUUCAGAACUUUAAAGCUGAUCUCACAAUCAUCUAUUUGCAGACAGAACGUUCUAGUCCCAAGUUCUGUGUUCCAUCACUGGUCCAGCAAUGUGUCGCAGGCUACUGUACUGCUCAACAUAGAUGGGAUUUCAACAUGUCUUAUGGUCCCUACAUUAGGUUGUAAUAAACAUGACUUUGGUUUCA